AUGGAAAUAUGGUUCUCUGAAGAAGAAGAGCAAACCUUCCGCCUAAAUUGGGCAGGCUUCAGCACAGGUGAUAGGCGUGUGGAUACUGGUUCAGAUCUUUCUGUAUUUGUAGGAGAUUUGGCUGCAGAUGUUACUGAUGCAGUAUUGCAUGAAACUUUUGCUAGUAGAUAUCCAUCUGUUAAAGGAGCCAAAGUUGUUGUUGAUUCAAAUACUGGCCGUUCAAAAGGUUAUGGUUUUGUUAGGUUUGGCGAUGAAAAUGAGAGGUCAAGGGCCAUCACUGAAAUGAAUGGCAUGUACUGUUCAUCUAGGGCGAUGCGCGUAGGUGUUGCGACCCCUAAGAAGCAAUCAGGGUAUCAACAAUAUUCAUCACAAGCUCUGGUAUUGACUGGUUCAUAUCCUUCAAAUGGUGCUAUGCCCCAGAAUGCCCAGUCUGAUGGUGAUUCAUCGAAUACAACAAUAUUUGUGGGAGGGCUUGACUCUGAUGUCACUGAUGAAGAUCUCAGGCAGUCCUUUUCUCAGUAUGGCGAGGUUGUCUCUGUAAAAAUACCUGCUGGAAAGGGAUGUGGCUUUGUACAAUUGGCUAACAGAAGCAACGCUGAGGAUGCAAUGCAGGGGCUGAAUGGGGCAGUUAUUGGCAAGCAGACGGUUCGCCUUUCUUGGGGUCGAAGUCCAGGGAAUAGGCAGUUAUUGACAAGCUCCACAUUAUCAGAAAAAAGGUUGAGAACGGACUCCAAAAAUCAGGUGAACGGAGCUUAUUACGGAAGGCAAGGUUAUGGAGGUUAUGGAUAUGCCGUGCCUCAGAAUCAGGAUCCAAGCAUGUAUGCUGCAUCUGGGACUUACGAGGCUGCUUCAAAUGGAAAUGGCAAUCACCAAUAGCCAGUCAGCUGAAGUUACUUGUUUGUUUAAUUUAAAUCACUGAAAGACAUGAUGAAAACUAGAUGGAUUUGGUUGUUUCUUUGUUGGAUAUUUUAGCCGGAUUUAAUUCGUCCCCAAUAUUUUUAUUAAAUAGAAUUUAUUUGUACUAAAUUUUGGAAUUAGAUAAGAGUUGCAUACAUUAUUGUGGAGCAAACAAUUGAAAAGCGUCCUUGUUUGGGUGAGAUGCUUUCAGUUCCGAAAUGCCAUGAGGUGAUCUUAGAUCGGACAGUGAGCCCAUGUUGCGCUGUAACAUAUGCAUAUUUGUUUGAAAUUCGACUUAUUUGAUCA